AUGGUUAACUGCAAGACUAUUGUCUCUGCCUUGGCCCUCUCGGCCCUUGCUGCUGCUGCUCCUUCUCCUCCUGCUGCUGGUGCUGGUGCUGGUCCUGCUCCUACUCCUUCUGCUGCUGCUGAGCCUGGCCUAGGCAAACGCUUCUCCCUUGACCUGCAUCCUGUCAAGCGGGGUCCUGCUCACCCCGCUGCCAGGUCCUUACAUACUCUUGACAGAUAUGGUGGUAGAGUUUCUAAGAAACUUCGCUCUCUUGCCAAUCCACAGACUGGUUCUGUUAAUGUCACCUCCUAUCCAUUCUAUAUGCAAUACCACAUGCCUGUCAAAUUAGGUAAUAGCAACAUGACACUUAUGUUUGACACCGGUAACUCUGAUCUAUGGGUCACCAUUAAUGAGACCCAGGGCCGUGGAUCCCACCACCCCUUCGAUAACAGCACCUGCGUCCCGUUACCCGGCUACACCUUCGAUAUCAGCUGGGGAUCAUUCGGCGAUAUCAUGGGCAACGUCUGCUCGGAUAAAGUUAAAGUUGGCGGCAUCACCUCUCCAAAACAGGCUAUCCAGCUCGCCCUACAUAUGUCCGAGCAUAUUAGCGGUUCUAUCAAGAAUGAUGGUGUUAUGGGAUUCGGCUUCAUUGGCCUCAACACCAUCGAACCUACGCCGCAAAACACCUGGUUUGAAAAUGUUAAAAACAGUCUUCAGCAACCUGUCUUUACUGUUGACCUUCGGAAGGACGCUGUUGGUACCAUUGACUUUGGUUUCGUUGAUCCCGAGAAACAUAGCGGCAGCAUUUUCUGGGCGUAUGUCGAUGAAAAGUCUGGAUUCUGGAGGUUUUAUAAUGAGGGAUACAUUAUUGGUAAUGAUAGCGUUAUUGGUGACUUCUUCCCUGGUAUUCUCGACACCGGUAGCAACAUGAUCCUCUUAUUUGAUCCGAUGGUCGAGGAAUAUUACAACAAGGUUCCUGGCGCCUUUUUCGAUGAGGGGAAUGAGGGAUAUGUCUUUCCCUGCAACGCUACCCUUCCUAACUGGACUGUCAUUGUUGAAAAGGGUCGAUUUACCGUUCCUGGUCCCAAUAUCAACUUCGCUCCCGUUGGCAGCGGCCUUUGCUAUGGUGGUAUCCAGAGCAACGGUGACCUUCCCUUCGCCAUUUACGGCAAUCUCUUCAUCAGUCAAUUUUUAACUAUUUUCGGCGCCUACAACAAGUUUCCCCGGGUUGGCUUCGCCAUCAAGGCCUAA